UUAAAAAUGGAUAAUAUAAAUGAUGAAGAAAUUUAUAAUGAUCCUAAUCGUAUUGAGCCAUUUGUAAAGGCAAUUACAAGAAAUAAACAUUUAUUUAAAGAUAAAAUAGUUUUGGAUCUAAAUGCGGGUAUGGGAUUACUUAGUGUAUUGGCUUCUUAAUCUGGAGCAAAACAUGUUUUUGCAGUGAAAGCAAAUAGUUAUACUAGUGAAAUUAUGAAAUCAAAUAACAUAUAGAAUGUUACAGUAUACAAAGAAAACAUUAGAGAAAUUGAAUUAAAUAGCAAAGUAGAUAUCAUUAUUGCAGCUUGGAUGGGUAACAUUUUAUUUUAUGGUGGAUGUGUAUUAGAUGUAAUAUUUGCAAGAGAUAAAUAUCUAAAUUAAGAUGGAUUUAUUAUGCCAGACAAAGGUUAAUUAUAUAUUCAAUCGAUUGAAGAUAGUCAAUAUCGUAAUUAAAAGAUGAAAUUUUGGUAUAAUGAAAUUUUAAAUUUUAUUUAGGGAUUCUGUUUAUGGUAUCAAUAUGAAAUGGAUGAAACAAUGGGUUUCAAGGGAACCACUUCUUGAAAGCAUAAAAGCAGAAUAAUUAAAUAGUGAUGAAUAUUUAAUUUAUGAGAUCAAUCUAUAAAAUUGCAAAUAAGAAGAUUUAAGUUUUAGUAAUCAAUACUAAAUAAAGACAAAGAGAUAAGAUUAUGCAACUGGAAUCAUUGUGUGGAUGAAAUAUUCAUUCACAUUUACCCAUUUACCAAUUCAUGUUAUUAUGGGUCCAACCAAAUCUCCUUUUUGGAAACCUGCCAUUUUGUAUUUUAGAGAAGAAAUACCUGUUAAUAAGGGUGACAAAUUAUAAGGUAUACUAAUUUCUAUUAAAAUUAGGGUCAUUAGCUAUUAAAUUUGAAUCUGAAGAACUCUUAGAAAUUAAGUUAUCUGUGCAUAUGUAACAAUAUAAUUAUGUAUCAUAUUUUAAGUUAAAUUGA